AUGAAGCAUCCAUUUAAUCUGCUCUUGUUCUUAGUCAGUCUCAGAUGUUCCACCUUCGCACAGACGACGAGGCUGGCGAACGCUGCAGUACGUUGUUCAGACUGCCACCCAAAUGCCACCUGCGAGGAGAAUGGAGACCUCCGCCAAUGCAUCUGUCAAGAUGGGUUCACUGGGGAUGGGGCCACUUGCUCCGACGUGGACGAGUGUUCCAGUGGUCUGAAUCAUUGCCAUUCCUUAGCAACCUGUAUUAACGCCCACGGCAACUAUUCCUGCUCCUGUCCCGAGGGUUACGAUGGAGAUGGCUUCCAUUGCAAACCUGCUGGCUUUGCGGAAGAAUGUGUGCGAGUCAACGGAUCCCGUUCCUGCUCCGAUCCGUGUUCGAGUCACACGGUUCUGGAUCAACCCUGGCGAAGCACCUCCUACGGGGAUGGAAAUAACUGUGACAGUCACAAAAUAGGGUGGUAUCGAUUUGUAGGCAGUGGAGGAGAGCGCAUGCCAGAAUCUUGCGUGCCAAUCAAUAGGUGUAACACUGAUGCACCCAUGUGGCUAAAUGGAUUGCACCCCACCCGUAAUGACGAAAUAGUAACCCGUACCGCCUGCGCCGACUGGAGUGGUAACUGCUGUCACUGGUCUAUCCCUGUACAGAUUAAAGCUUGCGUAGGUGGUUAUUACGUCUACCAGUUUCAAGGGACACCAGCUUGUACCUUGACUUAUUGCACAGAUCCUGCGUACGUAGGGAGCCCGUGCCACGGAUGCAAUGCAGAAGAAGAGUGCAAGCUGACCAAUGGAAAAUGGGGCUGCUCCUGCAGUUCUGGUAGGCACCAGGCAAAUGCUUCUAACGUGGAGCCACAACUGGAGUGUGGUGCAAAUGAAAUCAAGGUCUCCAUGGCGAAGUGCCUCCUCAAUAGCUUCCAGAAUUUAACCAUGCAUCUGAGAGACAACCGAUGUGCUGGUUUUGUAGAGCAGGGGAAUAGAACAGUGGUCUCUGUGGUGACACCCACCCAAGCUGGCCAGUGUGGAACACUAUUGAAGAAAAAUGAAACCCAUGCCACAUAUAGCAACACACUCUAUCUGGCUGAUGGGACUGUCAUUAGAGAGAACGAAAUCAAAAUUAAUUUCCAGUGCUCCUACCCGUUGGAUAUGGAAACCAGCCUUAGAACGGCCAUCCAGCCCAUUGUCAGUUCAACCAACAUCAGCAUUGAAGGAGCAGGUCAGUUUAUAAUUAAGAUGGCUCUCUACAGAGACGAAAACUACACCUCGCCCUAUGAGGGAGCAAUGGCCGUGUUGCCAACUCAGACCUGGCUCUAUGUUGGUGUCAUGGUCGCCAGUGGGGACGUGAGCCGCUUCGUCUUGCUGAUGGACAAUUGCUUUGCAACGCCCACGGAAGACGCCGCUGACCCUCUGAAAUAUUUCAUCAUUCAAAACAGCUGCCCAAACAGACGGGAUGCCAGUAUAACAGUCCCAGAAAAUGGAGUCUCGGCUCAAGGACGGUUUUCCCUCCAAGUGUUCAAGUUUGUCGGGAAUCAUAACCUUGUUUAUCUCCACUGCGAAGUUCGCCUCUGCGACCCUAGUGCUGGAUCAUGCAGUCCGCGCUGUGCAGGAAUUGAAAGUCGCCAGGCUGCUGCUGUCGCAGGGGGCUAUUUGUUGGAUGUGGGUCCCAUUGCCCCCAAGAAGCAGCCCCUCCUCACCUUCACAGAUCUUGCUGCACCAAAGGUGGUGAGCAGAACUCAGAUGGAGACAGAGCCAUGA